AUGACAGAUGGUAUUGAAGGUAUAUGCAUAAAUUUAGAGAGGGCCUUUCAAGAACAAAAGGAGGAUAUUCUAUCUUUGCUUACAAUAAUUGAUAUAUAUGGUUCCAACGUUAACAAUAGCAAAGACAAGGACAGUUUGGCAAAAUAUCUGGAUGUCCUCAGCAGAUUAUUGGAGGACAGUAAAGAAAUUACUAAUGAACUUGGAUGGGAACUUCCAAAAAUAUUGCUCUUUUACAUCGAUGACAUUCAAGCGGAAUCAAGGGAAGCUAUGUGUCAGGAGAGAGUUGUCAUAAGCAUCAUGAAAUGUUUUGAUCAGAUAUUGCGUUGGGGAAACCCAAAAGAGUGUAUCUUGAGUAGUUGUGAGUUGCUGGCUGAUUUACAUUUGCAUCAUGAUGAGGAAGACGAUGAAUCAUUGUAUAAAGACGACAAUAGUGAUCCUAAAAAUUUGAAUUCCACAAUAGCCGUCUUUGAAAUAAAAGCUCAAUUGCUCCUUAGUCUGUUGGUAAGAUGUUUUGAAAGAUUAACAGUGUUGUAUCCGACUAAAUUUUUGGUUAUGAUGAUCAAUGCGGUAACAACAUUUGUAAAAAAGAAUAUAGAGGAAACAGAAAAUGCUAUCUCCUUUCAACAUCUCAUCUGUGAUUUUUGCAUAGAGUUUAAGCCUGUUACUCCAUCUUCGAGCGAUGGAAGACUUUCAAAGGAAGAAUUUAUCAAAAUUAAAGAGGACGAAAGAGAGCUGCAAAUAAAACUUCUAAGAACGUCAAUAACAUACUUCGUUUCAUCUUGCUUCAAAGUAAAAAGUAUUGAUUUUGACCUAUUUUACUUCAAUUUGGUUUUGGGAGGUGACCAACAUGACGAUUUGGAAGAAGAAUUCAUCAAUCUGUGUGCGAAAUAUUAUGAUUUACAACACUCUUACGGUAUUGACCUGGAAAAAGAGUUUACCCAAUGUUUGCAAAACACAAGAUCCAUGUAUAAUGAAAUGGAAAAACUGUUCCAACCAGCAGCUAUUGGGCCCAAUGAAACUGAUGAUUUACAGGCGAUAUAUGAACUCUCCUAUCGUCAUUCAUUGGCAGCUGAGCUACUACACAAGGAGCUGUCUUUAGACCCUUACGGUAUCAUCAUUCUUACCGGCAUUUCUUUGAUAGCCACGAAGCAAAACCUGUGCUCUGAUGUAUCCUUAACAGAUUCUAUUUAUCUUUUUUUGAGAACUUCAUCUGCUUCUUUAUACUCGGAGAACUAUCAUAAUAAGGCAGUAGAAAGUGUAGCCAGAUAUUGGAUAUGGGUUGCAUUAACGGAAAACACCACGUUUCCCUUGAAGAAGCAGUUGCAAGAGCUCCAUGCCAUUGUUAUAAACGCUUUCCUUCAAAUGUUAUUAUUGAAAAACGCCACACAAUCUAGUAACAAAGUAUUAAAGAUCACUUUCAAACAAAUAGCACGGGUUCUGACACUUAUUCCUGAAGAUACAUCCUUCGGAUUUAUUUUGGACACUUUAUUGAGCUGUCCAUACACACAUUUAAAAGUUGACAUGAUCAAUGUACUACGACAUCUAAUGACAGCCUCGGAACCGCCUAAUUCAAAUUCUCUAGCACCCAAAGCAGGGUCUCCUCCAAGCUUACCGCCAAGACUUCCACCAAGGCCUUAUAUAGUAAUAAACGAUGACAGAAUGGCUGCAGUGCAUAGUCUAGCAAUGAUAACGCUUUUAGCUGCUAAGGACACAAGGAGAAGCCAAAAUCAUGCUCAUAUAAUCCUUCUUCUGAACUACAUGAACUUUUUUGUCAACCUUCGAUACAAGUGGGAUACUGGUCUAUUGCAAACAUUCUCGGAUGAAGUCUCCCAAACAUUCAGCGGUGCUAAUGAAGAAGAAAUGCCUGAGGUGGGUUUCAUAAGGAUAGCGAAUGAAACAUUGAGGAGUUUUCUCCAGCUAUAA